GGACGUCUUUAGUUCGUCAGUCUGCGAAAAAUCAAAUAGAAUUUUCCUCCAUAUUUGUUUUGUAAGUGGUGCACUUUGCACAAAUAAUUGUUUAGAAAAAGUGUUCUCAAUCAUACAUUGUGGCUAAGGUAACGCCUUACCCGAGCAUGAGUUAUUCCGGAAGGAAUAAAUUCGAGAUCGCUCGGUUUUCGGGCGAGGAUGAGAACCACAUUAACCGCAAGCUCCCGAAAGAGCUGCUGCUGCGGAUACUAUCGUAUCUGGAUGUGGUCUCCCUGUGUAGGUGCGCACAGGUAUCGAAAUUAUGGAACAUAUUAGCUCUGGAUGGUUCUAAUUGGCAGAGAAUAGACCUAUUUGAGUUUCAAAGGGACGUCGAGGGUCCUGUAAUAGAGAACAUAUCACAAAGAUGCGGCGGUUUCCUCCGGGAGUUGUCGCUGCGAGGCUGCGAGAGUAUAGGUGACUCCUCCAUCAAAUCACUGGCACAUUCGUGCCCGAAUAUCGAAUACCUUAAUCUGAACAAAUGCCGUAAGAUCACAGACGCGACCUGCCAGGCUCUCGGCAAGAAAUGCAAGAAGCUCCAGCGGAUAAACCUGGACUCGUGUUCCAACAUCACAGAUGUAUCACUGAAGGCCUUGUCAGACGGAUGCCCGCUCCUUACACACGUGAAUGUGUCAUGGUGUCAAUCAAUCACGGAGAAUGGAGUGGAAGCCCUGGCCCGCUCCUGUCCGAGGUUGAAGACUUUUAUAUGUAGAGGUUGUAAAAAUGUUAACGACAAAUGUGUUUCGACGCUAGCCACAUACUGCCCCGAGCUGCAAGCGCUGAACGUACAAGGCUGUGAUCAACUGACGGACGAGUCGAUCAGCAAGCUGGGCGCGGGCAUGCGGCGCCUGUGCGUGUCGGGCUGCGGCCGGCUGACGGACGCGGCGCUGGCCGCGCUGGCCGCGCGCUGCCCCGACCUCGUCACCCUCGAGCUGGCCCAGUGCACGCAGCUCACCGACGCCGGCUUCCAGGCCUUGGCCAGGAGCUGCAGGAUGCUGGAAAGAAUGGAUCUAGAAGAAUGCGUGCUGAUCACAGACAAUACCCUCGUACAUCUCUCCAUGGGAUGUCCACGCCUCGAGAAACUGACGCUGUCACAUUGUGAGCUGAUCACUGACUACGGCAUCAAGCAGCUCUCCAUGUCUCCGUGCGCCGCUGAACACCUCACUGUACUAGGCCUAGACAACUGUCCCCUGGUGACUGACGGAGCCCUGGAACACCUGAUCUCCUGCCACAACCUUCAGCUCAUCGAGCUCUACGACUGUCAGAUGGUCAGCAGAAAUGCUAUUCGGAAGCUGAGGAAUCACUUGCCCAAUAUAAAGGUGCACGCUUACUUCGCACCAGUGACUCCCCCCAUGGCGGGUGGGGGGGCGCGUCCCCGCUACUGUCGCUGCUGUAAUAUCAUAUGAAGGGAUCUACGACAGCUUUUUUGUCACGAUGGGAUUCGAACCCGCAACAGGUCGCAGUGGCAUACACCAAUCGCUCAACUUAACCAACAGUGUCUAACGAACCAUGUUCUAAAGUUUGUAUAUGUAUAUUUAUAAGCGAGUACCUCCUAAACUGCUUAACAAAUUUUGAUACAAUUCGACUUAAUUUUAUUAUAACAUUUUAAUGUU